AUGGCUGAUAAGACUCGAAUGGAGGAUCUCUUGAAGAGACCUCUUUAUAUCUACGACCUGCCGCAAGAACUUCUCGCAAGUUUAACGGCCAAGACCACAAACCAACCUAUCGCCGAAGAAGAUACCGGUCCUUCUCCACUAGAGCUUGAACAGGCAGCACAAGACUCUGCCAUCGCAAAAUCCAGCCUUUGCCCCCUAUGCAAGGUCUCUUACAACAAUGUACAGGAUCAGCGCAGUCACGUCCGCUCAGACCAUCACCGGUACAACGUCAAAUCCCAGCUGCGGGGGACUGCGUUACUUGAGGAAGCCGAGUUUGCGAAGGCAGUCGGAGAGCUGGACGAGUCCAUUUCCGGCUCUGAGUCAUCGGAGACAGAAGAGGAGGAAGGAGAUGGAGCCGCUGGGACAACGUUGUCAGCCUUGCUGAAAAAGCAGGCCAAGAUAGCCCACCCCGAAGAGUAUAGCAAGGCAAAUAUGGCGGGUGCCCCGAAGAAUCCUCUUCUCUGGUUUUCGAGCUCGGGUUUGCCGUCCAACAAGUCCUUGGGUGUCUACAGGGCGAUGUUCUCAACCGCCGAGCAGGAUGAUCCAGCUCACCUGGUUGAUACGCUGCGCCGAAAGCAGCUAGCUCCAGUCAAAGGACGCACCAACAAUGCGAGCAAAGUGCAAGAUCCUGCCGCCUCGGGCCCUCACAUUUUCAUGUGCAUGAUUGGCGGUGGCCACUUCGCAGCCAUGCUGGUCUCGUUGGCACCGGAGAUCCACCGAAAACAAGGUGGUGUCGAAGAAAGACAAGCUAGGGUUAUUGCGCACAAGUCGAUCCACCGAUAUACCACCCGACGAAAGCAGGGUGGCUCGCAGUCUGCCAGUGACGCUUCUCGGGGAGCUGCGCACUCCGCAGGUUCAAGUCUACGUCGAUACAACGAAGCUAUGCUUGAAAAGGAGAUCAGAGAGACCUUGACAGAAUGGCGCGGGAUGAUCGAUAGCGCCGAGCUGUUGUUCGUUCGCGCUACGGGAAAGACAAAUCGGCAAAUCCUUUUUGAUAACUACGACGGACAAGUCCUCAAGAACAAAGAUCCCAGGAUCCGAGGAUUCCCCAUUAAUACCCGGCGCGCCACACAAGGAGAACUGUUACGGUGCUUCAAAGAGUUGACCCGUGUCAAGAUCAGCGAGGUAGACGAGGCCGCCAUCGCAGCCGCCGAAGCCAAGCGCAAAGAAGAAGAGUUGAAAGCAUCGACCCCAGCACCGAAACCCCAGCCCCAGAAACCAAAACUAUCAAAGGAAGAAGAAGCCGCUUUACUACACACAGGCCAACUCCAGGCCCUGAUCCGCCGCUCCAAGGUCCCCGCCUUAAUGUCUUAUAUUUCAAACAACUCCAUCCCACCCUCAUUCACAUUCACACCAGCCGACUCCCCCCAAAACUUCCGCUGCCCCACACCCCUCCACCUAGCAGCCAACCUGAACGCCCCAGCCGUCGUCACCGCCCUCCUUACAAAAACCCUAUCAGACCCAACAACCCUCAACAACGAAGGGCGCACGCCCUUCGAACUAACCGGCGACCGGGCGACGCGCGACGCAUUCCGCAUUGCGCGGCACGAGCUCGGCGAGUCUCAAUGGGACUGGGAGAGCGCGAAGGUUCCAUCCGCAUUGUCGAAGGCCGAGGCCGAGAGGCGUGCUGCGAGCGAGCGCCAAGCUGCCGAAGAAGAGGAGUCGAGCCGGCGGAAGGCGGAUCUGGAGCGGCUGAAGCGCGAAGAUGCGGAGAAGGCCGCGCAGGCCAAGACUACGAAGUCUGGUGGGCGGACGGUGGGCGCUGUUGAGAAAUCUGGCGCGGAAAAGCGCGAGGAAGAGAGUAGGGGGAUGACGCCUGAGAUGAAAAUGAGGUUAGAGAGGGAGAGGAGGGCUAGAGCUGCCGAAGAGCGGUUUAAGAAGAUGCAAGGGAAGUGA